AUCUCAGUCCAGCUGUUACCCGUCCAGCACCCUUAAUGUCCUACACGGCGUUUGUGGGCGCAGUUUUAACUUGAAACAAUAAAUUUGACGGAUGUAGCUAUCAGUUGAUGUUAGUUUGUUGAAGGCAGGUUUUUACUGGGGAAAGAGGAUUAUUAGUUCUUUUCUGAAAUAUUAUUUUACAGCAUUUCGGGGUUGAUUUAUUGUACGUUGACAUGGAUGAAUUAUCCCAAACACAUCGUGAAUACACUGAUAACAAUAUUUACACUAAAACUGCUCGUUGUUUGUGUCUUGCUGUAGGCCCGGGACAGGAGGACGGCUCUACUGGGGCUAAAGGCUAAAGCAGCUCAGAGGCUGUAAUCCCCGUAUGAAACCAUCAUGGCUGCCUCUCGCUGAGCUGUCAAGCUCUCCACAAAAGAAAAGACCCGUAAAACCAUGGAUUCUGUGGAUAUUGGUACAGUUACCUCCACGGGAGGUAAUAAAUGGCACGGCGACAACAAGAAUAGAGAUUGGCACAAACGGCUCCACCUCAGGAAGAAUGUCGUUCAGCCCCCAACUAUGCAAAGUGAAGAUAAGCAUGGACCAAAGAAGAUAGCAGAGGAGUGGGAGCAAAGCACAGUGUGGCCUUCAUCAAAGGAGCCCCCCCUGGAAGCACAACAGAGUCAGCCUAGGACAAGUGACAGUGGAACUACACUCAGGUUCACGUGCUCUCAAUGUAGGGAUAAUUUGGAAUAUGUUCCCAAAGACUUAGUGAGACACUUUGAAGAGAAACACAAAGGAAGUCCACCAGUCUUUUCCUGUAAUAUGUGUAAUUUCAGUACACAUGAGUUCUCUAACCUUCAGGUUCACCUAUUAAGCCACAAAGACACUUUUUCUAGUUGCAGCAUAUGUAAUGACAGUGUUCAGCGCACAUGGCCUGAGUUCAGUGCACACCUGGCUAUGUAUCACUGCCAAAAAGGCAAAUAUUCAUGUGAAAUGUGUCAGAAAUUCUCCACGAGUGAUGUUGGAGUAUUUUUAGAGCACAUGUAUGUACAUAAUUUGGGCUUGGAAAAUGCGAGUGAUGAUCUGUUGCUGCACACAAUGGACACAAAUAACUUUGGGUCUAAAACAACCACUCAAACUUUGUGUUGUCAGCAGUGUGGCUAUGAGGGAUCUCAGAAAUUGUUGAUUACGAAGCACAGUAAAGUUGUCCAUGUUUGCCCAAAUGUUAAUCAGAGGAAGAAGAAGAAGAAUGAGGUUCAUACCACAGCAAUGAAAUCAAAUGACCCAAUCCCAAAAAUGAAGCCUAGAUUAACAAGAAGUGCAGUAAGAGAAAUGUGUUGGCUGACACAGGACUGCCUUUCUUUGCCAGGGAGAGAAUUCCUGGAUAAAUACUGCCAUCUGUCAGAUCCACAAACAACACUAGAAGAGACUCAGCAGUUUUUGAUGAAAUCUGUUGCCGGGGAAACCGGUGGCCAGAAAUGGACCAAGGCUCUUAAAACUGUGCUGUCAAAUGUCCCACAAGAUAUAAACCUUCACCCGAAGGCAGAGAACGGUAUCAUGUCGAACUCGUCUGAUCUUACUGUCCUGACAGUCAAGAACAAGAUAACUGUAGCUCAGAAUGGCGCUACGUACGCCAAAAAGUUGAAAAUGAUGACACCAUCAGAAAAGGAAACUGUUUCCCCUGAAAGUGUUACUGAAGAUCCUUGUUUUGUAGUUGAUCAAAAUAGAUAUCAGUCGAGUUUGAAUGAUCAUCCAACUUGUCCACAGAGUGAAAACAAGCUAAAUACUGAUCUCUCAUUACCAGCCCAGAAUGAGCCGUCUGAGUGUGCUCAAAUGCAGGAAAAUAGAGAGAAUCAGGAAGUAAAGACUGAUCAAGAAAUUGAGGAUCAUGAUAAAAAACAUGAACAUAUGCAUGAGGAUGGGAUUAAUACUUCCAGUGAGCUGAAGCUGACAAAUGAGGGUGAAGAGAAGACAUUUGUUCAUCAAGUUACACCAAAAAAUAAAAGGCGAAAUCGAAGACGAAAAAGAAUGACCAGAUCUAAAAAAGCUGAUAAAAGAUUAGCAGGAUUGCCCUUAAAGAUAGUGUUGAAGAAGAACCCAGUGAAGGAGAGGCAGUGGGUGUCACAGAGCUCUUUGUCUCCCUCAGUAGGUAGUCUGACAUAUGACUGUCAUGGGCUGCCAAGCUCUCAUACAACAUUGGAGGAGACUGUGCAUAUUCUCCCAGAGGCGCUGCUACCAGAAGCACACCAGAAGAAAUGGACCAAACCUUCCAAGACCGACCUCCACAACCCCUCUGAAGCCAUCACGUCGAUUCUGAAGCCAGGAGAAGUAACCCCCAGUUAUUCUGCAACGCUAGUGGGGUCGAAGAAUAUAGACACAAACAUGCCUGUUGUAUUCAAAGGCCUGCUGUCAGAACAUCAAGGAACGCGAGACAAUGCAGAGAAGUCACUGCAGUUCUUGAAAACAGAAGCUGGCAUGAGCGGUUCAGUUGGUAGGACAGGCCAGUCACAUUCAAGCGCUGCAGCUGAGACUGAAUUGGAGGUGUGCACCGAGAGCGUACAGCUCCAGCCGUCAGCCACUGGCAUGGGCUGCCAUAUGUCAGCCGAUGAGGGGAGUUCAGCUGCUGAUCGAGUGACUCCUCCUAGUAGUUACACCGAGUCUUCCCCUGUUUCCCAACCUGUUAUUAUACCACAUGGUAGGAUAAACCCUGAAGAUGUAAGCCUUGCUCUCUCUUCAGAGCAGACUUUUGAGGGGAUAAGAGACAGAGAAGUGCCUGCAGACUCCUGCCUAGAUCUCCUCAGUUACACCAACUCACCAGCUGUGAAAGCCAUCCAGUGGGAGCCCUCACCAGCCCCUGGGCAUCAGUGGCAGCCGGUCCCAAAAAACCGGGAGAGGACCCUGAAGUUAGUAGCCAUAAGUCCACAUCAGUUGGUAAAGCGACCAGCAGGAGACCAGCCCGUUGUGGUGCUAAAUCAUCCAGAUGCCGACAUCCCUGAGGUCACCAGGAUCAUGGAGGUCGUCAACAGGUACAGAGGAGAGGUGCAGAAGGUUGUACUGUCACGGAGAACCGCGAAUGCUCUCUCGGCCAUGAACGGCGAGAUCUCACGGACAAAUGACGCAACAGAUGCCCAACUUGAUUCCACGGGUCAUGGUAAAAACUCUGUCCAGGAGAGGUUCCUGUUGAAACUGAAACUUCGUAGACUGAGCAGGAAAAAAUACGAAGUAGUGGGUGCAGUCUCUCCUAGUGAGGCUACUGCGACGAGGUUUCGCUGCUGGUUUUGCGGCAGGGUCUUCGCAAGUCAGGAAAUGUGGAUGGUCCAUCGGCAGCGACAUCUGAUGGAGUGGAAAUAGCCAAACUGUGAAAAUUCUUAAAUGUCGCUCACACUGGAUGAAAAACACAAAGUAGUCUGGAAAAAUAUGACUUUGCAAUACAGUGAAACAAUAAUGGAAACUGUGAUUGCCAGCCUCCUCAGUUUUUUUUUAAAGUCUUAAUUAUGAUUGGUUGAUUAUGAGGAGAAUCACAUGAAUAUCACACCUCCUGGAGGGUUCUCAUUCUCAGGGUAAUUUAAACAUUUACCUGUUGUCUCUCUCCCAGUUUGAGUAGCUUGACACACACUCUUUGUAGUUUAUUUGUAAUGCCACCAGGACGCGGUGUGGCUAAUAUAGUUCUUUGUAUUGUUUGUAUUUUGUCUACACAAUAUAGCUUUAUUUAUGGUGAUUUAAAUACACUGUCUAUUGAUUCUUUUAUAGAACACUGUAAUGUAUAUUUGCCAUACCAUCUGAAGUUUAUAAAUCAGUUUAUGUACGGGUAGGCUAUACUGCGUGGUAGCUAUCAUAUUUAUGUUUCUGGAAUGGGAUGCAGAGACCCACAAGUUACUCAGAUAUACCAAAACUGUGUAUUUAAACAACAACAACAAAAAAAGACAAUAAGCUGUUUUAUUCAACAUUUAUUUAUGACUCUUAUGUUUAGCCUUUAUAUGUUCAUUCUUUUUUUUUAUUGGGCCAUUGGAGGAAUUUGUGUAUUUGUAAAAUUUUUGUAUAAACUCCAAAUUAUGUUCAAAUAUAGAAUUAUCUGUAAGAGGUAUAUUUUCAUGCGUUCAUUCAGUGGAUGCAGAUAUCCCUAAAGACAUGGUUAAUUUAAAAAAAAAAAAAAGAAAAGAAGAAAACCUUGUGUUUUGUGACAUCAGUGGAAUACUAGAAAAAUCAUUUAUUUUUAAAUAUAAAUUAAAAAAAAAAUGCCCAGAUGAUUUGAAAAUGUUUUUCCCCAAUGAGUUUAGGAGUUUCCUCUUGUUUGACUUGAAAUGAUAAUCUUUUAAUUGCACUAUGAAAGGAGGAUUUAUAUUUCCCGUUACCUCACCUUAUCAGGCCUAAGCUUUUGACAAUCGCAACCAGUGUCCUACUGUGGCUAAACGUUUCCUUAUGCAGCCAUGAUCCCUCAGUAUUCUUAUCAAGGGAACAGUGGCUCAUCUGUAUAUGUGUGUGUUUGUGUUAGUCAAGGACCAUUGGACAGAUGCACCUGUCCUGUAUACUGUUAUUGUGCAUGUAUACCUGUUUCUGGAGUGCACACCUUAGUGUCAGUAAUUCACUGUGUAUAUACUUCCUUUUUUUUUUAUUUAGAUAAGAGAUUUAUAAUUGUGUAUAGUCCAGAUAUAGGUACUGUAAAAUAUUACCUGAGAAUUUUCACCAAGUGCCUAAGAAUCUUUUUGUUAUGCAGCAAAUGUGCAUGAGUAUGAUAGCAUUAUUAGUUGUUGACUACAAAAUAAAUGAACCAGUUGCUCAUUUCCUGGUGGCAUUGUGUGAUGACUGAAGAUUUGACCUGAGUUAUGCAACAUGUGAAAAAGAUUUUAUUAAAACAAUAUACAACCUUGUAA